AAGAAAAAUGGCUCGCCGACCGUAUGACAUGCUCUUCAAAUUGCUGCUAAUAGGCGACUCAGGAGUUGGAAAAACUUGCAUUCUGUACAGAUUUUCGGAUGAUGCCUUUAACACCACAUUCAUCUCAACUAUUGGAAUCGACUUCAAAAUUAAAACUAUCGAAUUAAAAGGAAAAAAGAUUAAAUUACAAAUCUGGGACACAGCUGGACAAGAACGAUUCCACACAAUCACAACAUCAUAUUACCGCGGAGCAAUGGGAAUUAUGCUGGUUUACGAUAUCACAAAUGCGAAAAGUUUUGACAAUAUUGCAAAGUGGUUGCGCAAUAUUGACGAACAUGCAUCGGAAGAUGUUGUUAAAAUGAUAUUGGGAAAUAAAUGUGAUAUGAGUGAUAGACGAGUUGUGAGCAGAGAACGAGGAGAGAAGAUCGCACAAGAUCAUGGUAUUAGCUUCCACGAGACUUCAGCUAAAUUGAAUGUUCACGUCGAUACAGCGUUUUACGAUUUAGCAGAAGCAAUUCUGGCUAAGAUGCCUGAUUCCACUGACGAGCAAUCCCGCGAUACGGUGAAUCCAGUGCAACCACAGAGGCAGAGUAGCAGUGGAGGAUGCUGCUAGAUUCAUGUUUUUCCCUCUUACUUCUCUAUUCUCCAAUUUGGUUUUGUAAAUGUUUCAUCCGGGUAUUCAUGAAUUUGAAUGUC